CGCAGAGUCGAAGCGCCAUGGUCUGCGGCAAGUGCGAAGAGAAGCUCUCGAAGCUCAUCGUGCCCGACAAGUGGAAGGAUGGCGCCCGCAACACGAUGGGCGGCAAGGACGGUGGCCGCAAGCUCGCAACGAACGCGGCGCUCGGGAAGAAGCACCGCUUCACGCCCAUGAGCCGCGCCUGCCGCAUCUGCAAGUCCAAGGUCGCUCAGAACGCCCACUACUGCCAAGACUGCGCGUACAAGAAAGGUAUCUGCGCCAUGUGCGGGCGCAAGGUCGCCGACACCAAGAUGCUCAACAUGUCGGUCGUCUAAGGCCCUGUCCUUUCUAUUCAAAUAUGUAUAUUUCGACUGUCC